ACAGUCAGUCGUCCCAGGGCGCUCGACGGGAGAUGCAAGGCGAGUCGCGAUUCACGCGCCACUCUCGUCGCCGUGACACGCGGUCCUCCACGACGCAGUCUCUCCUCUCUAUCUUGUCGGAUUUAAAGGUUAAUAUAUACAGUGAUCCGGACAACAAACCGUUCAGACGUUAAUCUCGAAGAGGACGAGAGGGGAAUCAAUCAAGUCACGUUUAAUUUCUGACGUCUCGUUUAUCCUGUCGUUCUCCUGUCAUCGGGGAAUCUCCCCGCGCUCUGAAACCUUACGUAGCUUUUUUCACGAUAGUCGAGCACAGUGGUGUGAAGGAAACGGAAGGAAUAAUUUCGUCUUCACGAUCAGUGUACGAAAGUGCGAUCGUCAGUGAGUCACGUCAUACUUUAACUUCAUCGCCCUCCUGUUUCUCUCUCUCUCUCUCUCUCUCUCUCUCUGUCUCUUUCUCUUUCUGACACUCCAUCUCUCCAUACACCUCGCCGCGGAUUUCUCGCGCCUGACUCUCUCGGGCAGCAGCACGACCACAUUUAUGGGGGUGUCCGGAGAGUGCGUGGUCAAGGGCAGCAAAAGCAGCCACCCCUGUCACUGCUGCAGCCACGUCGGCAGUUCCGGCGCGAGCGUGCAACAAACCAGCGGCGAGCCGUACCAUCAACAUCAUCAUCAGCACCACCAUCAUCACCAUCAUCAUCACCAUCACGGCAAGCACGCACCGGGGAGCGCGUCGCCGCAGCACAACAACAGCGGCGACAACAACAUCCUGGCACCUUUGCGCAGCAAGAUGAAAGUGCUCAAGAAGCUCAAGCGCAAGAUGGGUCUAGCGCCCAGAUCGUCGAGCGCGGGUACCAACAACCUGCCGCCGUUGACGUUCCACCACGUCCACGGUGACAACAUCAGGCUGUGCAAUGGCGGCACGAUCGCCCGGAGGCACGAGAGCUUUUGCAAGGGUGUCACCUUCAGCGCCAGACCCGUGCGAGUGGGCGAGAAGGUCUGCGUCAAGUUUCUGGAGAUUUCCGACAAUUGGAGCGGCGUGAUUCGCUUCGGCUUCACCAGCAACGAUCCCAUCAACUUACGGAGCGGCCUGCCGAGAUACGCGUGUCCUGAUUUGACGAACAAGCCCGGCUACUGGGCUAAGGCGCUCGCCGAGCGAUUCGCCGAAAGGGACACGGUGCUCUUCUAUUACGUCACGUCGGCCGGCGACGUUCAUUUUGGCGUCAAUGGCGAGGAGAAGGGCCUCUUCUUCAGCGGCGUCGAGACCCGUGGCCCCCUAUGGGCGAUCAUCGACGUUUACGGCAACAGCACGGCGAUCGAGUUCGUCGACCCGAAUCGCCAGCACUUCAACAACAUCCGCAGGGGCGCCGAGCACAGCAACGAGGACAAUGCGCAGCACAGCAGACACUCGGCCAUGGACGACGCCAGCAACGCCGGCCGAGACGUCGAGAGGAUAAUCGUGCCGUCUAUGCAGAGCAUGUCGAUCCAUCACGAGCCAGACGUCGAGCUACCAGGACUCAGGUUUCAACCUCCCGGCGUCAUCUUCACUCCUUUGCCCUUCCACUCCACUCGGGGCAGAAACAUCCGUUUCAGCAACCAACAGUGCGUGGCGACGCGCACCGACACGGAAUUCUGUCACGGCUACGCGUUCACGGGUCGACCGUUGCUACUGGGUGAGCGACUGGUCGUGCAGAUUCUCUCGACGGAGCCGAUGUACGUGGGCGCUUUAGCUCUAGGCUUGACUUCGUGCGACCCGGCGCGACUCACGGCGGAGGAUCUGCCGGACGACAGCGACCUGCUGCUAGAUCGCCCCGAGUACUGGGUAGUCUCCAAGGAUGUGGCAUCGAGUCCGCAGCCCGGUGACGAGAUCGCCUUCACGGUCACGCACUAUGGCGAGGUGCAGAUGAGCAAAAACGGUGGCCCGCCCAACGUCGUCAUGCACGUCGAUCAGAGUCUUCAGCUAUGGGCAUUUGUAGACGCUUACGGAAGUACUCAACGCGUGAGAAUGCUAGCCAGCAGGCCGACCUCGCCGCCUCGACAGCGUCAGAGCAACCCAUCGCCUGCCAACAUCGUUCAACAGCAACAACAGCAACAUUCGAAUCACAGCAACGCCGCCACGGAACUAUCGAGAUUCUCCGAAAUGGUGCAGUUUAAGCCGGCCGUGGGCGGCGGCACCGUACUCGUCGUGAACUUGCCACCGCAGGCCGGUUACCCGACGCCACCACCGCCCACGCCGCAGCCGAUCUAUGCGUCCGCGACGCACAGGAAUCCGCCGCCGCAGCCGGUGCAUCUUUCCGCGGCCGCACCCGCACCGGUACCGCAUCCUGGUUCCUCGAGACAGUCCUCGCCGCCGUUGACCGGCACCAUGGCCAGCACCGGCUCAUCCACGUACGUCGACCCGGUCACCUAUCAGAGCCUGGAGGGCACCUUGACGCACGCGACGCACGCAACGUCGUCCCACCUGCAGCAGUGGAGCGAAGGCUUGCAGCCAACCCUCGCCGGCCAGCCGAGCGAGUGCUCGAUCUGCUACGAGCGCAGCAUCGACAGCGUACUCUACAUGUGCGGUCACAUGUGUAUGUGUUACACCUGCGCGAUUCAGCAAUGGCGUGGCAAGGGCGGCGGCCACUGUCCGCUCUGCCGGGCACCGAUCCGCGACGUUAUCCGCAUCUACCGCUCUUGAACGCUUCCGAAUUGAGAGAACGUGAGAAGGAGAGGGAGAGAGAGGUCGCGGAUGUGCUUAUACCCGGUUUCCACCGCCGCCGCGGCCGUCAUCUGUGCUUCCGUCGUCUUGGUUUCCUUCCGCGUCGAAUCCACCGCGCUUCAUCCCCGUCGCCCUUCUCGCCUGUGUCCCCUCGCGACUAGCGGAACGAAUAAACGAACGUAGAAUCGAAGCGGAUUUCCCACCGUUUUCACACUGCCACUAUAUCUUGUUUUUCUAAUGAAACGCGAGGCGCGUAAAACAUAGAAGAAAGUAACAUAAUUAUUUGUUAACGAGACGCCUCGCGUCAAACUUUUUCAGGAUCGCGAUCCCACUAUUGCGCCGAUCCGAGGAUUAUACGGAUUAAAAUUAAGCAGUUCCCGACGUGCCAAUGAUACCGCGUCGCUGUCAAUUAACAUGUCAAUAGGUGGACCAUCGCAUCGUGCACAAAAAAGAAAGCAGCGGUGCUUUCAAAAUCACGAUCACUGCCGCCGUGAUCGGGCGAGAACACGGAGAUGAAUCGCCGCGGAUUCGAACGAAUAAGAGAGAGAGAGAGAGAGAGAGAAUGAGUGACAAAUCGCUGUAGUUGAUUGAGUUUGCUUGUAUAUCGAUAUGCUGUCAGUCUGCGAGUGAGAAACGCGUGAAUGAGUGCGAUUACGUCAUCGACAAAAAGAGACAGAUCGAUCCUAGAUAUUUUCACAAGCGACAUAAUUGUCACUACAAUUAUUACGAUUACUAGUACCGCUCUGAACUAUUACUACUGCUAUCACUAUUACUAUUACUAUUACUCAUCAUACUACUCUUCCAAUCUUUAAUAUUAUUAUUUUAUUAUUCAUUAUCAUUAUAUUACUAUUAUAUUUUUAUUAUUAAUAUUAAUACUAUCGUUACUAUCGAUUAUAUUAUUAGUUAUUCGACCAUUAUAAUUGUCUUUAAUUACUCGCGAGCAGCUUUGUUUGCCACAAUUGCUAUUAUUUUUAUGAUUUGCCGAUUAUGGUAUGAUUGGUGAAUUAACAUAGUCAUUAUCUCGUAGCAUGAUUAUUAUUUAAUGGUGUGAUUUAAGUGCGAACUUUACCGAAUCUACGACGCCUAGGGCAUUUGGAAAGCUUAUUCGCGCAUUCCGCCGUCCUUUAGGACGAUCGAAAAGCUCUUGUCUGUCGUCCUGAUGUCUUAGUCACGAGAAAGUGAUGGGCUCCGGGAUACAAAACUGUUUUUAGUUCUUUCGGUCAUUUUCGCCUUCAACGAUAACGCUUGAACGUUUAUGAUCGCCGCCCAAUUUCAGGCGGGAUUUUACCAAAGAUCCUAAGCGUCUGUUUCUCCUAUCGCCCUUCGCGAUACUUAAUUCGUGUGCGGGCAGCCCCGAGAAUGACAGUUCGCUUAAAUCUAAUUGAACGACAUCCGUUUUGCUGCAAAACGCUAAAACGUUAGACAGAUCGUGGCACAAAUAUUCGCGUUUGACGCGUUUGAUUAAUUAUAUCUGACAAUCAGACUCUGUAAGCGCAAUUUUUUUACAAAAGCAGUUUGUAUCUGAAAGCUGACAUAAUCGUUGCGAAUUUUUAUAGUGAAAUCUCGUUUUGGACACUAUUCGACGGAGCUUGGAGCGAUCAAAAUCUUAAAUUUGCUUCGAAUUCCGCCGACAAACACGUUACUUUUGUAUUUUUAUUUUUCGCAACUCGUGUUGAGCCUUCGGAUGAAAAAUUCUGCUUAAUUUUCGAGGUAAUGCUUCGUGCCUCCAGUGUUUUGUUAACUGUGUGUUUGCAAAAAAUUUCAUCUCGAAAAGACAUUGUUAUAAGCAAAAUUCGCCUCUAAAAAUCUUCGUAAACUCGCACGGCAUCUUCUGGUUCGUUAUAAACGAAACGAAGUUGACCACGACAAGUAUCGUAAAAAAUUAUUUUGCGAUUCGUCUCGCCCGAGAGAGAGGAAGACGACGAAUUUUCUACAAUCGAGAGAAAAUGGAAGAAAUGAUUUUCGAGCUAAGAGAGAAGGAGGGAGAAAGAGAGAGAGAGAGAGAGAGAGAGAGAGGGGGGCGAAGUGUCUGGCCCUUUAAAGAAUUAAUUUUUAACGAGAAGCGAAGGAGCAAUGCUCUCCUCUUAUAAUAACGGAUGCGCAAUAAAGCGGUAGUGAAAAUCUCUAGUCCAGCGAGCGGCAGGCUCAGUCUGCCAAUCCAAAAAGUAUGAUAAAAAGAAAAGCGUUUCCCCCUUUUUCCUUUUAAGUAAACGGAAGAGGGAGAUAGGUAGAAUACAGGGAGAGAUGGAGACGGAGAAAUUUUAUAGAUACGAGGAGGAAGAUGCAAAUUAUAUCACGCGCGUCUGCCUGCAACGGCGUGUCCGAGAUUCUAUUAAAAAAAUAUAACAAUAGAUUAUUAUUAUUAUUCUAUUGAUAUGAUAUGAACGAUAAGAACCAGUCCAAAAAAACGAUAGAGCGAGAAGGAGAGAGAGAGAGAGAGAGAGAGAGUAAGAGAGAUGCUUGAUAAUAAUUACGACGAAUGUUUAUAAUUAACCUAUCAUCGUUAUCGUUGUGAUCAGCGUGAUUAAUUGUCGUAUGUUAUUCUGUCGUCAGCUUGGCCACGCCUCGAUCAUUUGCGCAACACUAUCGCCCUUAUUAUCAUCGUAAUUAUAUACGACUAACGAUUAUUUAAUUCGACAUUUAUAUUCCGCAAAGUUUAAUACAUCCGCGAGAUAGUACGCGUUUCUUUCCUUUCGUCUUUUUUUUGCAAUAUCUAUUUUAAGUUUCUCACGUAUCAGCGUAACAUGCACAAAUACGAAAUGUUCACGAUUUUUACCACCACACUUAACACACUCGAGGAAAGAACAAAAAAGUUUUACGUGCGCGAUGCGAGAGUUUCUCCGACCGUAAUGUAAAGAUGCCGACGGAAAUUUAUACAUAUGUAAUAUAAUUCGCGCAGCCGCGUGCUGUUCUAUACAAUAAAAAGCCUAUAAUAUCUA